AUGGAAUUGAAGUGGCCAGAUAUUUUCCUGGUGGCAACAUGCUCCUUAGGAUUCAUCACUCUUCUCAAAACUCUGACAUCACUUGUGAAGUGGGUGUGGGUUAUGGUGUUGAGGCCACCCAAGAACCUCAAAACCUACGGCUCAUGGGCUAUCGUCACCGGUUCGACCGACGGAAUCGGGAAAGCCCUUUCCUUCGAACUGGCUUCCAAGGGACUCAACAUCCUUCUGGUCGGUCGAAGCCAUAAGAAGCUCGAAGCUACGAUGAAGGAGAUAAGAGAUAAACAUGGUGACGAAGUCGAAGUGAAGCUUGCAGUGAUUGACUUUGAGAACGUUAAUGGAGAAGAAAUAGUGAAGAAGAUGGAGGAAGCAACGGAAGGUUUAGAUGACGUGGGAAUUCUGAUCAACAACGCCGGCAUAGGAGAACCAUAUCCGAGGUUCUUUCAUGAGAAUGAUCCUGAGAUUAUUGAUGCUGUCGUGAAGGUGAAUCUUGAGGGACCCACUUGGAUGACAAAGGCAAUACUUCCAAAGAUGAUGAAGAAGAAGAAAGGAGCCAUUGUUAACAUUGGAUCAGCUUCUGCUUCUGUAGUCCCUUCCUUUCCUCUCCACACCACAUAUUCUGCUACAAAAGCAUAUGUUGCAAUGUUGUCGAAAUGCAUCAGUUUAGAGUACAAAACGCAAGGAAUUGAUAUCCAGUGUCAGGUACCACUGUAUGUGGCAACGAAGAUGACAAAGAUGAAGGCGUCUCUAUUGGUUCCAUCUGCAGAAAAGUACAGUAAAGCAAGCUGUGGAUGUAUAGGGCACGAGAGAGAGUGUGAACCUAAUUUGGUUCAUUCUCUACAGCGACUUCUCGUUGGAGCUCUUCCUCAUGCCUUCUGUGAUUGGUAUCUCAUGCGUGCCUUUCUUGCCCUGCGCAAAGAAACCCUUUGUAAGGAUUAAUUCCAAAGCUUCAUAAUUGUACA